GCAUCUUUUCAACAAUGACAUGUCUCUGUUGCUGCGGCCUGCAGGCCACUGUGGAGAUGUACAUAUGCCAUCGUCUCCACGGCUGCCGGCCGCACUUGUGAGAGGCGCCAAGUGUUACCGGCCAACAACCAAAAGAAUUGAGGAGAGGCGGACCACGCCAUUGCCGCACCUCCUCCUCCUCCUUGGCUUCAACUCCACGCACACAUGCUUGCUUUCCAAACCAAGGGAUAAUUAACCGCCCAUCCAUCUAAGCAUCGCCACCACACACACCACCACAUUAUUCUCCAUGCACAAGGGAUCGAUCAGUGGAGGGGAGCGAGUCAUUGACAUUGAUUGAUCCGUCCGUCGUCUCACUCUCACCCCAUGGCGAAACUUAGGUACUACUUCUGCUGCUUCCACUGCCGCCGCACCUCCACAUGCCACGGCUGUAGGAGCCUGGUGCACUGUUGUUUGGGCCCUCCACGGGAACGGGAAGCCGGCGACGCCAUGGACGGUGUUAAGCUCAAGGUCACCAGCAGAUACGUUAUAAUAAAAAACGACAUAUUCGAGCUGACGCUGUCCAACCCCGACGGUAUUGUAACUGGCGUGCGGUACAAUGGUGUGGACAAUCUUAUGGAGAUUCUUAACAAAGAAGACAAUCGAGGGUAUUGGGACAUUGUUUGGAACCCACCAGGACAGCGAACUGGAAUAUUUGAUGUGAUCAAAGGCACAGAGUUCCGCAUCAUACAUCAUGAUGAAAACCAGGCUGAGGUCUCCUUCACUAGAUCAUGGGAUCCUUCUCAGGAAGGGAAAGCUGUUCCUCUCAUCAUCGACAAGAGGUUCAUCGUGCUUCGUGGUUCCUCGGGAUUCUACACCUACGGUAUCUAUGAGCACAAGGCAGGGUGGCCUGAUUUUGGCAUUGGGGAGACCAGGGUGGCCUUCAAGCUUAGAAAAGACAAGUUCCAUUACAUGGCAAUGGCUGACAACAGGCAGAGAAUAAUGCCGAUGCCUGAUGACCGGUUGCCUCCCCGCGGCCAGCAAUUAGCAUACCCUGAGGCUGUCCUCCUUGUGGACCCAAUUAAUCCUAAACUCAGAGGGGAGGUCGAUGACAAGUACCAAUACUCGUGUGAAGACCGAUACAAUAGUGUCCAUGGAUGGGUGUCAUCUGAUCCUCCGAUUGGCUUCUGGCAAAUCACGCCGAGCGACGAGUUUCGUACUGGAGGACCUCUUAAGCAGAACUUGACAUCUCAUGUCGGGCCCACUAUGCUCGCCAUGUUUCUUAGUGCUCAUUAUGCCGGGGAUGACCUUUCGCCCAAGUUCACGAAUGGAGAAUAUUGGAAAAAGGUUCAUGGGCCGGUGUUCAUGUACCUUAACUCCAGUCAGGACGGAUCUGACCCAAGUCUACUAUGGGAGGAUGCAAAAGUUCAGAUGAUGAUGGAGAAGCAGAGCUGGCCCUAUGAUUUUGCACUUUCAGAGGAUUUCCAGAAGACUGAACAAAGAGGCUGUAUCUCUGGUAGAUUACUUGUAAGAGACAGGUAUAUUAUAGAGGAUGAGGAUCUUUAUGCCGCAUCAGCCUAUGUAGGCCUAGCAUUACCAGGAGAGGCUGGAUCGUGGCAAAGAGAGUGCAAGGGAUACCAAUUCUGGUGUCAAGCAGACACAGAUGGUAGCUUCUACAUAAAGAACAUUGUAACUGGAAACUACAAUCUAUAUGCGUGGGUUCCAGGUUUCAUCGGGGACUACAGAUUCGACGCCACACUAACAAUAUCUUCAGGGGACGAUAUUUAUCUGGGCGACCUCGUGUUCGAGCCACCGAGGGACGGCCCGACUAUGUGGGAGAUCGGAAUUCCCGAUAGGUCUGCUGCCGAGUUCUAUGUUCCGGACCCCAACCCCAACUAUGUCAACAGACUGUUCAUCAACCAUCCCGCUGACAGGUUCAGGCAGUAUGGGCUUUGGGAGAGAUACGCAGAGCUGUAUCCUGACCGUGAUCUGGUAUACACCAUCGGCGAAAGCAACUACAGCACUGACUGGUUCUACGCUCAAGUUACCAGGAGAAGAGGCGAUGAGGAGACGUACCAGGCCACCACAUGGCAGAUAAGGUUCAGCCUCGACGCCGUCCCUCCUAACAGCACGUACAAGUUGCGGGUGGCGCUCGCGUCUUCAGCCAACGCUGAACUGCAGGUCCGUUUCAACGACGAGGCACGGGCUGCGCCUCACUUCACGACGGGGCUCAUCGGGCGCGACAACGCGAUCGCGAGGCACGGGAUCCAUGGCCUCUACUGGCUGUUCAGCAUGGACGUGAGCGGCGCCUGGCUUGUCCGGGGGAUGAACAUCGUCUAUCUGAAGCAGCCCAGGAACCAGAGCCCGUUCCAGGGGGUCAUGUACGACUACCUGCGCCUGGAAGGGCCCUGUGUUGUGCGUGCCGCUGAUUGAUUCUCUCCCUAAUCUUUUAAUAAUAAAGCAUGCAGCGUUGCUGUUGUCUGUCGCGGCUAUUUUGUAAAAAAGUCCCUGUUAUUAACCUGCAGUGCAACUUUUAGUCA